GGCAACGUUUCGGCGCGAAGGAAGUGCCGACUGAACGCGAAUUCUGCGGCGCUUGCAAAAAAAAUUACCCUUACCCUCCUCUCUCUUAGUCUCACUUGGUUAUUUAGGUCACUGCGAGAGGAGGGAGAUCUGUAAAUUCUCACUAUGGCUGCUAAAGGAAAAGGUGGACCCCCAAAACUAAACCAAUUUAUGCAUCCCCGUAACCCUUAUCGCACACCACCAAGUUUUAAGAAGCUUGCAAUGCAGUAUCCAGAGUUUAGGGCACAUUGUACGUAUGACCUGUCUGGCAAGGUGCACUUAGACUUUAAGAACUGUGAUGCAUUGCGGGCAUUAACAACAUGUCUUCUAGACCAAGACUUUGGUCUCAAGGUGGAUAUACCUGAUGGUCGUUUGGUACCAACACUUCCUUUACGUCUCAACUACCUUCUGUGGCUAGAUGAUCUGAUGACACUCGCAGCAAAAACAGAUCAGAAAUGUACAAGAAUUGGAGUGGAUAUUGGUACUGGAUCAGCUUGUAUUUACCCAUUGCUUGCUGCCAAACAGUUUGGUUGGAGCAUGUUAUGCACUGAAGCAGAUGAAGUCAGCUAUGAAAGUGCAGUUAACAAUGUUAAGAAGAAUAGUAUGCAAGAUGAAAUUUUUAUAAAGAAGGUCCAAGAGAAUAUCAUCUUGAAGGAUGUAUUGGAUGACGAAACAAGUUUAGCAGAGAUCACUGCUUUACAAGCAAAAGAAGAAUCAGUAGACAAGCCUCAAGGUACACAAGAUUCCCCUUGCAAAACAGAAAUGGAACAGGAAACAAAUGAUAAGAAAGGUAUAGAAAGCAGUAAUUACAUCUUUGACUUCACCAUGUGUAAUCCACCCUUUUUUGGUUCUGAAGAGGAUAUUCACACAAUGAACAAGAGCAAGAAAGACAGAGGAGAACCUGUUAGUGUUCCAACAGGUGCUGUGCAAGAGAUAGUUACUUCUGGAGGAGAAGUAUCAUUUAUUACACAAAUGAUUGAGGAGAGUUCUCACUUGAAAGAUAAAGUAAGGAUAUUUACAACACUAAUUGGAACUAAAGCAGACAUUAAAAAAGUAAAACAAGUUUUAGCCACUGUUAGUCCUGCACAUUCAUCAUUUACAGAGUUCUGUCAAGGAAGAACAAUGAGAUGGGGACUUGCAUGGACUUUCGACCCAAAGUUGCAACUGAAUCAAAUAAUGAGUAAGAAACAAAUGGCAAAUACCAAGCCGAUGGUGAUGUUAAUGCCUCGCAGCUUAUUGACCGCGUAUUCUGUUCCAGCAGCGUGGCGAAUGGUUGCAAAAUGGUUGCAUUAUCUAAAGGUUAAGGUGCGUGUCUUCAAGAAUACAAAGUAUUUUGUUGGUGCUCAUGUUAAAGCUUAUAAACCAACUUGGUUACAUCAGAGAAGAAAGAAACGAGAGCUUGAUCGUAGAAAUAAAGUUAAUGCAGGACACACCUGGUAUUUCUGGUACCUGUGGUGUCAUUUUCACUUUUCUUUGUGA